GGACAUGGACAUACAAAUCGUGGUUCACUAACAAGAGAACGCAGUGAAACUUCAGAAGCAAGUGAAGUUACAGAAGUUGCCUCGUGUCCUACUGGGGUAGAUGGCUGCCGCGGCAAUGGAGGCCAGAUCUGCAGUGGGCACGGGAAGUGCUCAUGUGGUCAUUGUCAGUGCAACUCUGAUUACUAUGGCAGCACAUGCCAGUGUAGUGAUUACACUGUGAUCUGUAAGUUUUUUUUAUAUGACGGAAUGGUUUGUGGUGGACCAAGUCGUGGACAGUGUCGUUGUGGAGGGUGUGUAUGUCGACCUGGCUAUGUCGGAGAAGCUUGCAACUGCCCCACUCAAACUCAGACAUGUAUCCUACCAGGGAAUAAUAGUAUAUGCUCAAAUAAAGGGACUUGUGUGUGUGGAAGAUGUAGCUGUGGAGAUGGAUUUAAAGUAUGUACUGUGAGGAUUUCAGCCUAUGCAGCUGGAGUAUGUGAAAAGCUGAAGCCUUGUGUUCUCUGUAAAGCCUGGAAGUGGGAGCUGUCUACAUGUGAUCAGUGUCAGAUCACAGUCACUAUGUGGAUAUUCUUG